UCUGCAAACAGGCAUCGUGAGGUGUACCUGAACGCAACCGGGCAACUUCCAACAUGGCGGCUCAACGGAGGAAUUUGAUGCAGAGUCAUCAGAGUUGGACCGACGACCUUCCUCUGUGCCAACUCUGCGGAGUUGGCACCGCACCAAACUGCGUGUAUGGCCCCGAUGGGAAAGGCACGCAGAGCCACCCCAAUGAGGACACACACCUUCGCUUCAGGAGUGAGGAUGGCUGCUCCCUCUACGGCGUCUUCAACGGCUACGACGGCAGCCGAGUGGCCAGCUUCGCUUCGCAGUGUCUUACGGCCGAACUCCUGCUGGAGCAGCUCAGUGCCGACCACACGGACACUGAUAUCCGCAGGAUCCUCACGCAGGCAUUUGAAGCGGUGGAGAAAAGCUACUUGCACACCAUCGACGACGCUCUGGCAGAGAAAGCUAACCUGUCUGGCUACAUGCUACCGCAUAGCGAGAAGGUGCAGGAGCGCUUGAAGGAGUUGGAGCAGGAGGUGUCGGGAGGAGCCAUGGCUAUCGUGGCGCUCAUCCUCAACAACAAACUCUACAUCGCCAACGUUGGGACCAACCGGGCUCUGCUGUGCAAAACCACCAGCGACGGCCAGAACCAGUUUUUCCAGCUGGGCCGACCUCACAGCACCGAUAAUGACGACGAGCUGCAGAGACUUGCUGCGCUGGGAUUGGAUUCGGCCCGCGUGAGGCAGGCGGGUCAGAUCGCUGGGCAGAGCAGCACCAGGAGGCUUGGAGACUACCGGGUCAAAAUUAACUACAAUGAUAUCGACCUGCUCAGCGCGGCCAAAACGAGGCCCAUCAUAGCCGAGCCAGAAAUACUCGGUAGCCAGUCGCUGGAUAGCGUUACGGGCUUUCUGCUGCUCAUGUCUGAAGGACUCAUCGACGCCCUGGAGUGCGCGCACGGGCCCGAACAUGUCAACAAGGAAAUCGUUGCCAUGGUGGCGGCCGAGCUGGCGCAGCAGAGCACGCUGGAGGCGGCCGCCCAGUCUGUGGUGGACCGCGUCAAACGGCUGCACCACGACGUCUACACGUCGGGCCGCCAGAGGGCCACCUUCUGCUCCCGUCACGAGGACAUGACCCUGCUCAUUCGUACGCUCAACUACCCGCUGGCGGACGGCGCCCAAACGCCCACGCAAGGCGGCCGCAUCUACCCGGUGUCGGUGCCCUACUCCAACAGCCAGAGCACCAGUAAAACCAGCGUCACCCUCUCGCUGGUUAUGCCCUCGCAGAGCACCCUGACCAACGGGACCGCCGCGGCCUCCACCCUGGAGGAGGGCACCCCCACGCCCGGUAGCCAGAGCCCCACGGCCACCCUGCAGUCCACCAACACGCAGACGCAGAGCUCCAGCUCCAGCUCAGGUGACGGCAGCCUGUUCCGCCAGCGGGGGAGCCAGGCGGCGCAGCCCGACGAGACGGGACGCGUCCCGCCCUACGUGGACUUCACGCAGUUCUACCGCCUGUGGGGCGGCGAACACGGCGACGGACAGAUCGCUCGGGGCGGCCUUGGACCCGAGUGAGACUGACGUGGCGGAGGCCCUUAUUCGUCUUUUCCACUAAAGUCAGACAUCGGGACCAAAUGACCAGGAAGCCUUUUGGACUUUGGGAUCCUCGCCGCUCGGAAUUUGGCUGCCCGUGCUCGGAUGCCGUCGUGAACACGUCCAAACACUUUGCUCCCGUGCUCGCCGGAACCUAAAAAUGUGGAAGGACUUGCCCUGCCGGCCAAGACUUUGAGGGUUCAGAAAGGAUAUAACUUGUCCCUUCAUUAGGUACACCCCCGAAAGAACUUCAACUGCAUUAUCAGGAACGUAUUUUUAUUCACCUAAAUUACAACUUUUAAAAAAGCGCUUUUAUUUUCUCCUUUAAAAGCUGACUUCAUGUGCAACUUUCAAAUCGCUUAGAACAUAACUGCCUAACUUCAUUUUGGGGGGUGCAAAGUCAGAUUUUUGCAAGAAAUUACAGAAAUGAGGAACUGUCACUGUGGAGUCAACAUUUUUGUUCCAACAUAUUUGUAAGCUAAAAAUGCAAACAACUUAGCCUCUUUGCUUAGCAAUUUAACCCAUAAUGCCACAGUGUUUGACUUGCCCAAGUAAAAAAAAAAAAAAAGUCUCUUUGGUUAACUCCGUCAAAUGUGCGGGGUUUUUUGUUUUUAAUUUA